UGGGGAGCCCAGCACCAUGCCGCUCCGGGCGGGCAGCUCAGACGCCCAGCUGCUGCCCAGCUGGCGGCCGGGACCCAGGUGUGAUGUCCUGCCGGCGAGGGGGCUGCCCCCGGGUGGGGCCGGCACCAGGGGCCUGGAUUUGUGGCCAUGCUGCCCGGCCCCGCCAGUGACCCCGCUGACCCGGCAUGGAAAACUUCCAGUACAGCGUGCAGCUGAGCGACCAGGACUGGGCCGAGUUCUCAGCCACCGCCGAAGAGUGUGGCCUCCUGCAGGCCGGCCUGGCCUCUGGGGACGAGCUCCCGUCCAGUGACAUUGACCAAGGGGACAGCAGCGGCCCCGUCGGGCUCCUGCCCCUCCCUGCCGGGCAGCCAGCCUGCAAGGAGGAGGAGGAGGAGGACGCGGCCACCGGGCAGGCGGUCAGCAGGUCGCGGUGCGGGCUUGUCUUGGCCCCGGGGUCUGCUGAGCAGACACCCGGCACGUCCGCUCGGCCAGGCCCUCGGCUGUCCCUUAGCUCCGGUGCCAGCCCUCCUGGCUCGGCCCUCCCGGGGCCGGUGUCUUCCAGGGACGACAUGCACAGGCUCCUGCGGGGCCCUGCCCCUAGCGUCCCCGGGGAGCCCCCAGGCAGUCCCGGGCCCCCUGGCCACAGCACCACCCCGCAGGGGCCCCCCAGCAGCCCUGGAGGCCCGCCUCGGAGCCCCAGCCGAAAGAAGAGGCGUGCGGCGGGCACCAAGGCUGGUGGGAGCUCAGGGACCCAAGGUGUUGCCCCUGCCCGGCGGGGCUCCCCGCCAAUCACCGCCCGGCCUGAGGCGGGGCUGGGCCCAGCGGCACCCAGGGAGAAGGGUCCCGAGGUAGCAGCAACACUGGCAGCCGGGGCCAGGCGGGACGUGCAGGGGCCAGACUCUGCAGGCGCUCGGGGGCCUGCCUCAAGUUUGGACCUGUCUACACCUAUCUCUACGACUGACCUGUCUAUACCUAUCAUCUCUACAACUGACCUAUCUACGCCUAUCUCUACGACUGACCUGUCUACACCUAUCUCUACGACUGACCUGUCUAUACCUAUCAUCUCUACAACUGACCUGUCUACACCUAUCUCUACAACUGACCUGUCUACACCUAUCUCUACAACUGAGCAAGGUACAGAGCAAAUCAGAAUGACCCCCAGAGCUGAGCUACACCCAGUGUCCACACAUGCCAAGGAGGCUCAUCCAGAUGUUGCAACGGCUAAGCCAGAUGUGGCUGUGUCUACACCCUCCUCCGACCCUCUACCCAACACGGCUCUGUCUACACCCUCCUCUGAGCCUCUACUCAACAUGGCUCUGUCUACACCCUCCUCCAACCUUCCACCCAACACAGCUCUGUCUACACCUUCCUCCGAGCCUCCACCCAACACGGCUCUGUCUACACCCACCUGCAAGUCUAGACUGGAUGCAGACCUGUCUACGGCAGGCCCAGGGGUCGACGCAGAAGUGGCUGCAUCUACCUGUGUCUCGGCGGCCGUCCUGCGUGCGGCUCUGCCUCAGUCUGUCUCUGAGGUCCGGUCGGGCGUGGGUGUGUCCACGCCUGCUCGCGGAGCUGACGCCGCUGCCCUGUCCCCGCCCGCUGCCCCCCAGCCUGGGCCUGGUGCGGUGGAGACAGAGGUUGUGUCUCCAGGGGGUCCUCGGGCGGAGCCCAGCGUGAAGCCCUUAGCAGGAGCCCCUGGACACCUCUCGGGGCAGCGCCCCUCGGGCCCCGUCCAAGCCCCCAGGAAGAAGAAAGUCCGAUUCUCCGUGGCCAUGCCCAGCCCGGAGGAGCCAGGAUCAGGGGGGGCCUCGGAACACCCAUCGCCGCCCACGGCCCAACCCCCAGCCCCCAGGAUGGCGCCCGGGGGUCACGGAGGGCCCCGGGCCUGGGAUACCGUGGCUGUUGGGCCCCGGCCCCCCCAGCCUCGCAUCCUUAAGCACCUGCCCCCGCCGCCCGCCCCCUCUGCCUUGGGGACUCUGGCUCCCAGGAGCUGCUUUGCCGUGACCCUCCCCGAGGCCUAUGAGUUCUUCUUCUGCGACACCAUCGAGGAAGAGGAGGAAGAUGCCGAGGAGGGGGCAGCGGCCAGCCAGGCUCUGGCCGAAGUCCAGUGGCCGGACAUGUGCGAGUUCUUCUUCCGAGACUGCCGAGCCCGGAAGCCGAGGCCCCGGGGGUGCCGCUCCCCAGCCCCACCCCCAAAGAAGCCUGCGCCCGCCCCCCCGCCCGGAGAGCCCGUGCCCAUGUCCAUCCCCGAGGCCUACGAACACUUCUUCGGGGAGGAUGGGGGUGAGCUGGGGCCGGCCACCCCGCCCCGGCUGCAGGCCUUGGAGACGCCCGGGUCGGCCUCCCUGGGUGCGGGGCCCAGGGCCCCCCCCACGCCCAGCCCCACGCGAGGACAGCGGUUCGGCCUGGCGGUCCGGCGGGCAGGGGAGCUCCGGGGUCCCCUCAGCUCCUUUACCUUCAGCCAGAAUGACAUGUGCCUGGUGUUUGUAGCCUUUGCCACCUGGGCUGUGAGAACAUCGGAUCUGCACACCCCAGACGCCUGGAAGACAGUCUUGCUGGCCAACAUCGGCACCAUCUCCGCCAUCCGCCACUUCCGCCGGCAGGUGCGGCGAGGCCGCCGCAGCCCCAGCCCCAGCCCCAGCCGCAGCCCCAGCUCCUAGGAUCCCGGCGGCCCAGGAAGACCCAGGACAUGGAGAGCACAAGGACAAGCGUCUGGGAGGGAGGCACCCCAGGUGCCGCAGCCGCAAGUCAGCCCGGGCUGCUCCUGGGAGGGGGCCCGGGAGUCUGCGUGAGGAGAGGCUUCGAGGGGGCGGAGAGUUGGCGGCCACACUGGCACGUGGCACAGGGAACCAGGUGGAGCCGGACUCCAGACACACGGUAUUCAGGGGGCUGGAGAGUUAGUGGCCACACUGGCACGUGGCACAGGGUACCCAGUGAAGCCGGACUCCAGACACAUGGUAUUCGAGACAUAUUUAUGCUGGGAAAUCAUUUGUCAUCUGGACAUUUGUCAAAUCAUUUGUCAAACUCGUGUUUGGCUGACACCGUGUACCCAUCUGGUGUGUGGAGGGGAGAGAGGAGGCGCGAAGGCCCGGGGAGCCACGAGGCCCUGCUGAGGCCUGGGCAGGGGCGAGGGCAAGGACACCGGGGCCUCGAGGCUGGGGCUUCUGCAGACAGCCCUGCUCAUUGCGGGUGGGCUGGGCUGGCGAGGGUGCCCUCCGCACCUUGAGCCCCAGGCCUGCCGAGGCGAGGUGGCGAGCUGGCACCAGGCGGACACAUCCCGAGGGGCUGCAGAUACCCUGGGGGCUGGGGCAGAGCCUGGAGCCUGGGCGGGGUGCGGAGGCAGAGCUGGUGGCCUCAGCUGGAGGGAUGGGCCCUGGGCUCCCUUGGGGCAGCUGGGGGCCCAGGGCCGAGCAGCCGAAGACAGGCAGGGGAGGGGCCGGGGCAGCGGAGCGCAGGGACGGUGGGAGACCCCGCUGCUGAGUGAGGAUCCGUGGACACACAGCACCAAUAAAAUUUCCACUUUUU